AAAGGGGCCUAACCCUAAACCAAAUUGGAAUCAAGAAGUCGUCAGAGCCAAAACCAGGCCACAAAGUGGAAAACAAUCAAACAGAGAGAGAGGGGGAGGGGAGAGGGGGAGAGAGAGAGAGAGAGAACGCUACCACUGGCGAUGAUGAUGAUGGCAACGAAAAAGCUAAGCUUUUCGGUCGCUACUUCAUCUUCAGCUUCAACCUUCAUUGGGUUUCAUCUUCUCCGCCAAAUCAGGAUGGGUAUGAUAAUUUUUCCUUCUAAAAUCUCAUUGUUAUUCUACAACAACAUCAACAACAACCCCAUUUGCUGCUGUCUUCAUUCUUCCAGUAGUUAUAGACAUAAAAACAGAACAUUUAGGAACAUUAAUGAUGCCUUGUCUGCUUUCAAUCACAUGGUUAAUACGAACCCUUUGCCUUCUAUUGUUAAGUUUGGUGAAUUGUUUUCAGCACUCGUCAGAAUGAAACAUUAUAAGACUGUGGUUUCUUUGUCUAAACAAAUGGAAAUGGCUGGGAUUAGUCAUGAUGUUUUAUCUCUUACCAUUUUGAUCAAUUGCUUCUGCCGCUUAUGCCAUGUUGAUUAUGGGUUCUCUGUCUUGGGGAAAAUUAUUAAACUUGGUCUUGAACCAAAUGUUAUUACAUUUUCUACCUUAAUUAAUGGGUUUUGUAUAGAGGGUAAAAUUGGUCGAGCAAUAGAAUUGUUUGAUGUGAUGGUGGCAAGAGGGUAUAAACCUAAUGUACAUAGUUAUAGUAUAAUAAUCAAGGGUUUAUGUAGAGUAGGAAAAACCACUGAGGUGAUUAAAUUGCUUGAGCAUAUGAAAGUAGUAGGUUGUGAGCCGGAUGUGGUGAUAUACAAUACAAUUGUUGACAGACUUUGCAAGGAUAGAUUAGUUAAUGAGGCUGUACAUAUUUUUUGUAAAAUGAAGGGUACAGGCAUUUUACCUACAGUUGUCACAUACACAUCUUUAAUCCAUGGUCUACGAAAUUUAGGCCGAUGGAAAGAGGCUUUUGGAUUGUUAAAUGAAAUGAAGGGUGGUAAUAUAAUGCCAGAUUUAGUUGCCUUUAGUGUGUUGAUUGAUAUAAUGUGCAAAGAAGGUGAGGUUUCAGAGGCUCGAGUUAUAUUGAAAACAAUGACAGAAAUGGGUGUGGAGCCUGAUGUUGCUACCUACAAUACGCUGAUGAAUGGAUAUUGCUUGCGGAUGGAAGUUGUUGAAGCUAGAAAGGUAUUUGAAGUGAUGAUAAGCAAGGGCCGCAUGCCUGAUGUUUUUAGUUUUAGCAUCUUAGUGAAUGGAUAUUGCAAGGCCAAAAGGAUAGACGAGGCAAAACAACUUUUUGAUGAAAUGACUCAUCGAGGCUUAAUUCCAGACACGGUUAGUUACAACACUCUAAUAAGUGGCUUGUGUCAAGCAAGAAGACCUUUGGAAGCAGAAGAGCUUUUCAAGGACAUGCAUUCUAAUGGAUACCCCCCAAAUUUAGUAACUUACUCUAUUUUACUCGAUUGCUUAAGCAAACAAGGGUAUCUUGAUCAGGCGAUGGGACUGUUUCGAGCAAUGGAAAAUAGUGGCUUGAAGCCUGAUUUGGUGACCUAUAAUAUCAUGAUUGAUGGCAUGUGCAAAUAUGGAAAGUUUAAAGAUGCAAGGGAAUUGUUUGCAGAACUCUCUGUCAAAGGGUUGCAGCCUAAUAAUUGGGUUUGUACUCCAACAAUUGAUGGGGUUUGCAAAGGAGGGUUGCUAGAUGAAGCACACAAAGCUUUCAGACAAAUGGAAAAGGAUGACUGCUCACCAGCACAAGGAUGCAUCAAUGGUCGUGCAACUUAUUAAUGAAAUGGCUGAUAAAGGAUUUUCUGCAGAUGCAGACACCACAGCGUUGGUGGUAGAUGACAAACUUGUCCUGAAAAGGCUACUUGGCUUUUGUGAAGGUCAUCAAGGAGAAAAGGUGAAGUAAUUGUUUCAUACUCAAUGAUGCUAAUUAUAAUGCCCAACAUGAAGUAGCUUUCUGUCCCAUUGUAAGUUAUUUUCACUUCGUUCCUGUAACCAAAUUCUUCUUCUCAUGUAUUGCUGAUAAUAGAGGCAUCAAAUCUGUAGAUGAAUAAAAUUUUACGAACUCCUAGCAGGCAAAUUGCCAUUCAUCUAGAUUUAAAGGAGAAAAGAGAGAUGAGAAAUCAGAUCAUCAAUGAAGCUGAAGAGUACGGGUUCUUUCUGUAAAAAGGCACAAAUUGUGAAACCCACAAAUCUCAUAAUAUAUACAGAGAGAGAAGUUGUACUAGGCCAACCAAGAGAAGCUUCAUAGAGGCAGACAAACAUUACUAGAAAGCUGUUGUGGAGUGUGGAGAUCACCUCUAGAGGUGCUGAAAUUGAAAAGAGGAGGGGUAAGAAAGAUGCAACAUUGUCGUCAUUGACCAAAGCCUGGAAAACCCACUGAUGUUCAAGGAUGAGGCAACUUUUUUUGAAGCCGAACCACAACCCUUUACCUCACGUUAUGUCUCGUCAGCUCUCACCUGCCAAAGACGAAAGGAUGGGAAAGAUGCCAAGGAUGUGAAAAGUAAGAAAGAUGGAAAGGGGAAAAUGAAGGGAAAGAUGACGAUAAUGGGAGAGGGCCUACACUAUCUGCAACUAAGCUGCCGCUACUGCUUUCACCUAUUAAAGAUGACUAUUGGAUACUCUUGCUGCUGAGGAUGAGCAGGCUGCUUCCAAUGAACUAGCUACUGCUCAGUGAAGAUAACAUAAUUUCUUCUAGUAAUUUCUUUUUACCAUUUAGAAACUUGGCUUAAACCUUCAUUAUGCAGAAUGAGUAUAGAUGCAACUCUCGAUAGAUGUUAUCAAGCCUGUGGAAAGCUUACUUCUUCACUAUAAGAUUCUUGGCAAUAAAUGCAAAAAAAAAUUCUUUUCA